AUGCUGGGCUACUGCGGGUCCGACCCCGCCACCGCCAGCGACGCACCCUCAGACGUCGCCGCCUACAGCCUGGGGCGCGUGGCCGAGAGCCUGGUGGGGCUGCUGGAUGAGCUUGGGGUGGCGCGUGCGGCUGUGAUGGGCCAUGACUGGGGCGCCGCUGUCGCGUGGCGCAUGGCGCUGGCCUACCCGGAGCGUGUGGAGCGGCUGGCGGUUGUCAGCGUUGGCCACCCAGAGUGUGGGGCCGCUGCAGCCGGCAUCGAGCAGCGCAGGAGCUGGUGGUACCUGUUCCUCUUUGCCACCCCGGGCGCCGAGGCCUGGGUGCGCGCCAACGACUGGGCCCUGCUCCGGGAGAUGCUGGGCUCUGCGGGUGGAGCCCCACCGGACGCCAUGGCCACCUACCUGCAAAGGCUGGGCCAACCAGGCGCCCUGCAGGCGGCGUUGCGCUGGUACCGUGCCAACCACAGCCCCGCCGCCAUCGCCUCCACGCGCAUCCGCCACGGCGCCUGCCCCCUCCUUGCCAUGCCCGUGAUGGGCGUGUGGCCCAGCAGCGACGGCGUGCUGGCAGAGGCGCAGAUGACAGCCAGCGCGGGCUUUGUCGCCGACCUGCGGCUGUGGCGCUACGAGCGCCUGGAAGGCGCGGGCCACUGGGCACAGCGUGACGCGCCCAACGAGCUCAACAAACUGCUGCUCAGCUUCCUGGGGCAGGACUUUGGAGAUGCUGCCAAGCAAGACAAUGGCGCCCAGGUACAGCAGCAGCGGCGGCAGGAGCGCUCACGAUUGUGA